AUGGCUGAGAGAACAAUGAUGGUUUAUUUAUGUUUACUCAUUUUUUAUUUAGAGUGUGGUCACACUUUCCAAGUAACUCAUGUGAGCGAAUGUGGAACAACGCGAAGCUGCUGGCUUUUACCGAACGGUUGCAAAAGUGCUGUUGACUGUUCGGUAAUGGUCACUUGGAAACACACGGGAAGAGCUCUUCUUCUUGAAAUUGAGUUUUUACUCAUGCGCCUGUUGAAAGGAUAUUUCAUUAAAAGAAUUCUGCCUUUUUACCCCUCCAUGAACACUUUAGGCCAACUUGAAAGUGGAAAAAAAUGGCGCGUGGUUAGCUCUUGGGAUCUCGAAGGACGAUCUCAUGGUUUGUCCUGCACAGUUAUGCAUUUCACACCUUGCAUCUUCUACUCAUCACCUCAACUUCCAAUUCAGGGUAACGAUACCGUCUUUGAAUGUCACUUCCCAAAUAAAGGAAAAGGCAGUGUACAUCUGUCACAUAAUCUCAAAACCUCAAACAUAAUGCUACGAGAGGCAACGGAAAUGCUUUUGAAAGACGGGUACACAGAAGUAACCGAUGGUCGAGCAUUUUGCGGCGCAGAGUGGGUGAUCGACUUCACAGUUCUUGAUGCGAAAGAAAAAAAGAUGGUAGGCAUUAUUGUAGACUUAUUCACAUGUGCAAUAUCAAUAAAAGGUCCAAAG